AUGGCUGCUACAAUUGAGAAGUUCGUUGGCGCCGACAUCACAGACGAGAUUAUAGCCCAAGCCGCCGACCUCUUCAGCUUACACUAUGGAGUCUGGGGCUUUAUCGCAAAAGAAAAGAUGGAAGUACACGAAGGAUCAAGAGUGAAAAUGUCCCUCGGCAAGCUGAGAGAACAAGUCCUCCCGCCUUUCAAGUCGCCAAAUUGCAAGCACAUCUACGUCCGCGGUCUCCUCCCCAGCACGCCUUCCGCUUAUCACCCCCCUUUCUCGGUCGGUCACGUCUUCGCAACUCGCUUCCUGCACAACAACCGCCCGGUCCUAUGGAUAACACAACUCGUUGUCCACUCUGCUCACCGAAACCAAGGGAUCGCGAAAGCCCUUCUUGAAGCUUUGCGAGAGGAAAACGCACAAAUGGUUGGGGUCUUGUCGUCCAACCCAUAUGCGAUUGCUGCUGUUUUGAGGGCCUUUGGGUCGGGUCUUGAGAGGGUUGAGAAGGUGUUGGAGAUGACGAGGAGGAACGCGACGAGGGUAAUGGCUUCCUGCCCAAUCGAGUAUGUUCGACAUUCGACCGUACGUGGUAAAUUGUUCAGCGACAAGGACGACAUUGAGGACAUUGACGGUAAAGCGGUGGUAUCGUGCGCAGAUACCGGCUUUUGGGUGGAUCAUCAAGAGUCAGAACAGGCUCUGAAGGUCCUCAAGGCAAAGGGCGUGAAAUGGCCGCUGGGAGAGUUGCCCCAGGGGUGUGAGUUCUUGGUUUUGGUGGAGGUGAGGGAUGGCAUGAGGGUGGGGUCGAUUUAUCCGCAUAUGGUGUAAGGGCAUGAGUAUGGCUCGGGGAUGGCGGGUAAAGCGUUGGCAUAUGGCUUGGGCCAAGGUGAAUCCUAACCUUCCAUGAAUUGAUUGUCUCAAGACGGAGGGAAGCUUCACAUCGAACCGAGCGACGCUCUUCAGCUCUUUGCUUCCAGCACCGCUAUCUCGGCUUCGUUUGGAUUGCCUUGCGGGGAAAAUCGCUGUUUAUUUCAUGUAAGGCUGCAGUAAAUUAAUAUAUAAUUACCCAUACCUCAUAUGUACAAAUGCAUCCCAUCUUUAUACGCCGAUGAAUGCAUGUCCCAAAGAGCAGUCAAAAGCCCUGUAUACUUUGUCCACCCCAUAACAGGAGAAACACCCUAUUCAACCCUCGUGUCAUUAUUCUUUCCUAGCGUACUGGGACUCUCUGGAUGCUCAUCAUCACUCAUCAACCCUUCCAGCUCAAACUCCUCCGCAUCUCGAAUUUGUCUCGAGUC